AUGCGGACCCGAGCGAAGUCAUGCGACCAGCGCGCAGCCUUCCAGGGCGGCAAGCUAGAUGGCCUGAUACUCAUCGCUGGCAAUCGCACUGUGCAGGGUUUCACGGGCGCUGGCGAACCAGGGGAGCAAGAGCGUCGCACUCAAUACAACGUGGACUUUAAAGCGCCACGCAGUUAUGAAGCCACCAUGGGGGCCAUCCCCCCCCAGGACUGGGGCCGCGUCCAGGCUGGCAGCGGCGGGCUCACUCGCGGCGGCAACGAGCCUGUAUUCGCCAUCGGCAACUACUACUGCAGCAUCGAGGAAUACAGCGCCACGGCCAGCUCCAAAUGCACCCUGGCCUCCUCUGGCAUGUUUCACGACGCAGUCAAGGUUGGGGUUGGAUUAUGCGUCGGUGACCCGCUCAAACUUACGUCGAUGCCGCUAGAACCCGCAGCGGAGGGCACCCGCGACGCCGGCAAUUUAGAUGCCGAAUGCCUCGGCGACAGCGGCAAGGCACGCGGCUGCCAGCAGAACGGGAGCAAGGCCAAGAUCGCGAUCGCGGCUUACCGCCGCGGCGCCGCGCGCUGGCUGGCGAGAAAUCCGAGCUUGGUGGGCAAGAUGCUGCCUGAACUCAGGCACCUCGAAGGCAUUGCGGCCACGUCUGGGGGCGAGAGCUACACGCGCAGCAAGGCGAACUUCCAGGCGCGCGACACCAGUCUCAUCGGCAAGCUACGGCCCUCGCUACAGAGCGGUGCUCGCGCUGAGGUCCACGGCACCCACCGAUCAUGGCCGUCAUUGAACGUUUGGCGCCGCUGGAAGCUCACGCCCGUCGCGCCGGAGCUUGCCCUGCGCGGGCCAUGCUGGCGGCGCGACGUGCGCGCCAAAAUCUCGCAGCACAUCCACUUCCUCGUGGGCUUCUUCGGCGAUCUGGCCAUCGAGGGCGCGGCGGGCGCGGAGGUCCCCAUUCUGGGCGCCGACGGCGCGAUCGACGCGAAGAAGGCGCCCAUUCAUCUUUGGGCAGUCCAACUCGCCAAUGGCAUCGACGCUCUCCUCUUCGCGAGCAUCUGGCACCGCGCAGUGCGUCUGCUACUUCAGGGCGAUGAGAUGCGCGACGUGUUCGCGGCCAUCGACCCCCGCGCUACCCGCGGCAAGGAGCCGGGCCAUGUGAUGCGAGGCAUCCUCAGUCUGCUCGCGCCAGACAACAGGUGCCUCACUUGCGAGACGGUCUUCAGGAGCAGGGGCCACUGCUCCCACCACUUUCUACGCGGGCGGCCAGCCCGCCGUUUCGCGCGCCUGAGCGCAGCCCAGCUGUGGCAGCGCAGGCCUUCCGACUGCCUUCAGUGCCCGAUCUGCAAAACGUGUUCCCUCUAUCCCUCGGGCCCCACCAUGGCCUCUGGAGUUCCCGCGAGAGCCUACCACCACGACACCAACGAGGUCAUCUGCUAUAGCCCGCUGAUCAUUGGCAGCAGCCCCGAGAACGAACACACCAGCAUCAUCAUCAGCUUUGGCUUCAGUACAAGCAGCGACCACCUCGGCAUCCUCGCAGGCCGUAGCAUGCUCAACUACUGCUACGCUGCCCACCAUAUCAUCCAGCAGCCAGCCCCAGCGAGUAAGCCUCAGAGCGACGUCGGCCCCACCAAGGACUCGGCUCAUAUCGCAAACGUCCCAAACAAGCGGCCUUUCGUCGUCGCUGCCUCCGUCGGCUCCGUUAUCGCCUGGCUCGGUGGAGGCGCCGCGCCCAUCUACGCGCUCAUAUACCUGUGCGCCGCGCCCUCGCCCGUGGACGGCACGAGGUUUACGGGAGGUCGCUGCUCGGCCUAUGCAGGGCUCGAGCUCGACCGCGCUGCCAGCGAGGGCACCUGCGCCGCGUGCAGCGCCGCGACCGAGAGCCCAGGCGGCAAUCGCCGCAACAAGGGGGACCAGAAGGCGACGAAGGCGAUCCAAUUCAAGGACAGGGGCCUGCGCGAGCUACUCAUGCUGAUAAUCAAGCAGGCGUUGAAGAACUCCCAGGCGGCGCGCAUGCUCGACGGCGCGAUGCUCGACGCCAUCGUCUUCCCGCGGAACCGCAAGCUCGCGCAGGUCACGCAGGGGGAGCAGGGGGCCUCCGCCCUGAGAGUGGAGGCGUUCCGCGCGGGGAAGGCCGGCAGCCCGAACGCCGAGCCGCUCCGCACACCUCACACCCUCUUCUUCGCGGCGCUGGUCGAGGCCGCGGCCGCCAUGGAGUCACGUGGCGGAGCGAACAUGGGGAAGACCCAGGUGCCUCGCGAAGACAUCAACGCAUGUGAGAGGGAAGAGGACGCGGAGCAGCUGGCACGGGCCUGCAGGCUGGCGAAGACGGCGCAGGAGGACCAGGUCAAGAUGACUGUCGCCGUCCAGACGUUCGGGGCGAAGGGGCACGCACUACUCGAUGGACUUCGCCAAGCUGGAGGCCGCCACCUACGUGGAUCCGCGCCAGCGGGCUACAUGGAGGAGGAGCUGCAGGACCGGACGGAGCAGCGGGCGUGGUUCCUGCAGUUCGCCACCGGGACCUCCCGCGUGCCCGUGGAGGGCUUCAAGGGCCUGGUGGGCAUGCGGGGCUCGCAGAAGUUCUCCAUCCACCGGGCCUUUGGCGCGGACAGAUCGCCUCCCCUCGGCGCACACCUGCUUCAACCAGCUCGACCUGCCCGAGUACCCGUCCGAGGAGGUGCUCCGGGAGAAGCUGGUCCAGGCCGUGAGCGAGGGCCACGAGGGCUUCGGCUUCGCCUGAGCUCCAUCGAUGCCGGGCGCUCGGGCGUCUGCCCGCGCCGGGCCUCAUCGCCCCCGCCCGCCCCCCCCCACGGGCUGCCCUGCGCGGCUCCCGCGCGGAGGCGCACGGGCGCGCGCGCGCGGGCGCGCGGGCGCGCGGGAGGGCAGGCCGGGCCCUGCGGCCAGCCCUCCGCCCGCGGCCUCCCCCGCCGAUAGACCGAUGGACGCCGCGCCCAGCGGACUGGAGGGCGCGGGACGAUCCGCGGGGGACCCCUGCGGUCGGCCCCCCGCCCCCGCCCCGAUCGACGCCCCGCCGCGGCGGAUCGGAGCGCGUGGGAGGAGCCGCGGGGGACCAGCGGCUCUCCGCGCGCGCGCGCUCGGCGCGCUCGGAGGCAGAAGUGCCGCGCGGUGGCGCUUCCAGAAGCAGAC